ACACCGGUAGUUGUCAUGGCGAUGGAGUCAGCCUCGGCGUCAGCUCCAGGGGUUGUUGCCAUGGAGAUCCCGGUGCGAGGUGCGCUCCCGGUGGUUGAAGAAGACGAGGGCUACAGCGCGCCGCCGGGGUCCGAGGAGCGACUACGGUACCGCCGAGGAGGUGGAAGACGUAGGCGCGGGGUGCCGUUCAACCGGGGCGGCUACUACAUGCUGAUAGUGAUCGGGGAGAUCGGCACAGAGCACCAGCUGGACACCGCCAGAGCGCAGAUAGAGCGGGGAAUUCGAUCUUGGGACGUGGACCUCAAGUGCUGCAACCUUGAUCAGCAGCUGCAGCUGUUUAUAACUCGUCACUCUGCCCACUUCUCCUCCGAGGUCAAAGGACAAAGAACUCUACACCACAGAAGUGAUGUCCUAGAGACUGUAGUCCUCGUCAACCCUUCAGAAGAAACCGUUGUAUCAGAGAUCCAGUCUCUCGUCACAGACUCAGCAGGACAUAAGCUUCUGGUCUUGAGUGGACAGAGCUCAGAUCACGGUGGCCUUCUUCUUCAAACUGGGGUUUUCACCUACAAGAACUUUUCACGUGUCUUUGCUGAUCCUGGGGUCAGUGAAUUACUGGGCCCAACAGUCCCCAAGCAGCAGGCUACACUUACUGUGUCCUGCCGCGGGGAGGUGGGCUGGAGCUCCCUGGGACAGCAGCAGACCCUGCGGGAGUUUCUGGAAUACAAACUAAACCCUGAGUCUGUUCUUCCCAAGAUGGAGGGCGUCACCGAGUUCACAGAGUACAUCUCUGAGACGGUCGACGUCCCUUCACCUUUUGACCUCUUGGAGCAACCCACAUCCGGUGGCUUCCUAAAACUGUCCAAGCCAUGUUGCUACAUCUUUCCCGGCGGACGAGGAGACUCUGCACUCUUUGCUGUGAAUGGCUUCAACAUCUUAGUGGAUGGAGGCUCUGAACGAAAAUCAUGCUUUUGGAAGCUGGUCCGUCACUUGGACCGCAUUGACUCGAUUCUACUCACACACAUCGGCGCUGACAAUCUCCCAGGUAUCAAUGGGCUGCUUCAGAGGAAGAUAGCAGAACAGGAGGAGGAGCAGUCUCAAGACUCCACCAACUAUAGCGACUGGAUGAAGAAUCUGAUCUCUCCUGAACUAGGUGUGGUAUUCUUCAACGUGCCAGAGAAGCUCCGUAUGCCAGAAUCUAAUCUUAAAGUGAAACGCAGCAUCGAAGAGGCCUCCCUGACUUUGCAGUACCUUAACAAACUAGGAAUCAAACCGGAGCCUGUCUUUCGAGUGGUGAGCAACACCAUUGAGCCCAUUACUCUGUUCCACAAGAUGGGAGUGGGCAGGUUAGACAUGUAUAUUCUCAACCCUGUCAAAGACAGUAAAGAGAUGCAAUUUUUAAUGCAGAAGUGGGCUGGGAACAGCAAGGCCAAAACUGGUAUUGUGCUGCCAAACGGGAAAGAGGGAGAAAUAUCUGUACCCUACCUGACAUCAGUUACAGCCUUAGUCGUCUGGCUGCCUGCCAACCCUGCAGAAAAGAUCAUCAGAGUGCUGUUCCCUGGGAAUGCACCACAAAACAAGAUCCUAGAGGGGCUGGAAAAAUUAAAGCACCUUGACUUCUUGCGCUAUCCUGUAGCCACACAAAAGGACAUUGCCUCCGGAGCACCUCCCUCUGUUAUAAAACAAACCAAGUUAAAACAAAGAACAGACAGCAAAGAGAGUCUCAAGUCGUCCCCGAAGACCACUGCAAAGGCCUCAAAGAAAGAAACUGAAGGACAAGAUGAUGUGUCAGCCGCCACAGAAGCCAAGAGUGACUCUGUCAAGGAAAAUAUAUCAGAGAAAAAAGAGGAGAAAAAGCCUACUAAAACUCUAAAAUCUAAAGCUGAUGUGCCAGAAAAGAAAAAACUCCUAAAAGACAAAUCCUUAAAAAAGCACCCGAAGGAAAGGGUGUCGAAAAUGGAUGAGAAAAAGGACAAGGAAAAGAAAGAGAUCAAGAAGGUAAAGAAAGAUGACUUUGCUAAAAAAGAUGAAAAGAAAGAUGUUAAGUCCAAAGACGACAAAAAGAAGGACACAUCCAAACCCGAGCUGAGAAAAAUUACAAAGCCUGACCUGAAACCGUUUACACCAGAAGUCAGAAAGACUUUACACAAAGCUAAAGUGUCAAGUAAAGCAAAGGCUGGAAAAAUCAAAACAGCAAAGGCUUUACCUGCUGAGCCGAAGCCAGAGGAGCCAAAACCUGAAGCUAUUCAACCUGAACCAAUAGAGAAUGGAGCUGUUGAGGGCACAUCUGUUCCCUCAACCCCCGAAGACCUCACCAAGGAAUUUGUGGAUAUGAAAAAAGCUGAAGUUGUAGCUGUAUCAGCAGAGCCUCCAGACAGUUAUGAGCCGACAGCACAAAGCCUUACCCAAGAAAAGCAGGAAGCACAAGAAACAAUAUCGGAAAUUCCACCUGGCACAAAGUCUCCAGAAAUGGAGGCAUCCGCCCCAGAAGCGAAAGUUGAAGUUGAAGACAAAGACAAGGACUUGACACAAGAGAGAGAAAUGGAAGAGGCUCAAAAGUUUGAGGAUGAAGGAGCAGCAACUCAGGAUGAGGAUGAGGAGGAAGAAGAGGAGGAAGAAGAGACCCCAGCUGCUGUAAAGAAAACAGAAGAGGAGGAGGAAGAAGAUAUGGGAAUAGGUGAAGAGGAAGAUGAAGCAAAAUGGAAGGACGAUGGGCUUGACAGGAAACAUGAGUUAGAAGAAAUGGAGAAAUCAGAAAAUCUCUUAGCUAAGGUUGUGACAAAAGACGAUCAACAAAUGAUUCCAUCCGAGGAGGAUGACAAUGAGGUGGUGGAGAAAGCAGAACUGGAGGAGGUAGAAGAUUUAGAUGUAAUAGCAGAUGAAGAGAUCAAACCUGAAGAUGUAGCUGAAGAAGAAAUGGUCACUGAAAGAAAAACCGCUGAAAUUCUGACUGCAGCUGAAGAAGAAGAGGAAGAGGAGGAGGGCUAUCUGUCACAUGUUGGAGGGGCCACAGCUCCCAUAACCUCAGUAGUUCAAGGAGCCGCUGCAGCCGAACCCAUCUCCUACAUCCAAGACGAGACCAUCCCCGGCUACUCUGAGACAGAACAGACCAUAUCUGAUGAGGAGAUUCACGAGGAGGCAGAGGAGAGGAUACCACACCUUCAGUACGACGUCGGUGCCUAUGACAUCUCUGUUCCAGAUCAGACUGAAUCAUUUGUAAACAUUCACGGCAUGAUGGAAAUGCAAGCUAUGAACGAGAAAGGUUUCAUCCCAGGCGUGCAGGAGCCGGUAUCAGUAUUCACCAACAUCAUUACUGCUCCUCUGGCAGAAGAGGAGCAUGUGUCCUCUGCAACAUCCAUCACAGAGUAUGAUAAAGUUUCCUCCUUCCCUACUUCUAUCGCUGAAGACCAAUCUGUGACGUCCGCCACAGCACCUCCAGCUGAGGAACCACCCAAAAGCCCCGUUACCCUGUCCACCCCACCUGACGCCACCCUAGGCAAAGAGCAGCCACUCUCUGCAGGAACUCUUUCACCACCUUCUUUGGAAGAAGACAAACAAUCCAAGUCUCCGUCUGAUGACUUACAGCUUCCUGUUGCAGAAGUCAAGACGCCGGCCAAAGCUCAUGAAGCUUGUGAGGAAGAGGAGGAAGAAGAGGAGGAAGACGACCAAACUCCUAAUGUUGACAUUUCAAUUGAAAAACUUCAAGAGGGCUAUGCUUCAUCACAUUUAUUACAGGGUAAAGAGACAGAUAUCGAAAAGCUUGCUGGCUCAGUGUCUCCGGUUUCUAUUCAAGCCACCAAACCAGUCCACCUACCAGUUGAAGAAGAAAAUAAAGAUGCUGUUGCACCUAAAGAUAUUUCAUCUGUUGUACCUACUAGACCUUUUGGAUCAGACUCAGUAACUUCAGAGAGUGAAGAGCGCUGCUUCAGUCCGGAUGAUAUCACUGUGAAAAUGGCCUCCCCUCCACAGUCUGGACCACCGAGUGCAGCUCACUCUCCUCUUCGUCAGUCACCAGUGGAAGACAAGACGAAGGUCUUCCCUGAUAUGGAACUGGAAAAGCAAGAGGAGCUCCUUGAUGUCGUCGCAGCAACUGAAGAAAAGAAAGACGAAGCAAAAACAGAAACACAAAAAGAUGCUGACAAACAGAAAGCAGAUCAGCAUGAAGUAGAAGUUUCAACAUCUUUGGAUGAAUCAUUUGAGAAGGAAAUAAAAGAGGUUCCAGUCAUAAAGGAGUCCGAAAAAGACACUUCAUCAGUGCCAAAAGAUGAUGGCAAACAGAAAGCAGAUCAGCAUGAAGUAGAAGUUUCAACAUCUUUGGAUGAAUCAUUUGAGAAGGAAAUAAAAGAGGUGCUAGUCAUAAAGGAGUCCGAAAAAGACACUUCAUCAGUGCCAAAAGAUGAUGGCAAACAGGCAGAAACAAUCCCUGCUGUUGCUGCGUCUUUAACAGAAGUGAAUCCACCUGUGUCAGUGAGGGAUUCCCUCAUCUCAUCUGGACAAAGUGAUGAAGAGGUUGACGACAAGCUCAAAGAGAAAGAUCCUAAACUGCCUGCUCCAGGUAAAUUUCCAGAGAGGGAUAGUCGUUUCCUGGAUGAUGAUGAUGAUGAUAAAAAGAAAGAUGAUGACAAUGACGAUGAUGAUAAAUCUGCAGUUAAAACCGUCAAGGCGGAACAGGAAAAAGUAAAGGACAUUUCCGAUGUCAUACAAAUCAAGGAUGAGCAAAAACAGAAAUCCGUCAUCCAGGAAGACGUUUCUGCCGUUAUGUCCAUCACGGAUGAGAAAACAGCAGUAAAGGAUGAUACCUCUGAAAUAAAACCCAUCACAGAAGAGCAAAUUGCAAAGGACGUUUUCACUGUUGAUAGAGCCAUUAAAGAUGAACCUGAAAAAGACCACACUCCUGAAGUAAAAACUAAAGACGCAGAGAUUGAAAUUGUUGCUUCUGAGGUCAAACAAAUCGAAGAUGAGCAGAAGCAGAAAGAUGAUGAUUUUGACCUAAAAACCAAAGGUGAGGUGAAGGAAACUGAGGUUAAAAAGGAUGAUGUGUCUGAUGGUGAGAUUUUGAAAGAGGAGGAAAAGAAACAGACAGAUAAGGGUGAUAUUUUUGAUAUUAGCUCUAUAAAGACUGAAGAAAAAGAGAUUGAAAAGGUCCACGCCACAGAUAUCAAGCCUGUUACAGACGAGAUGGAGAAAGAGGCAAAGGAUGAUUUGCCCAUUAGUGAGCCUGCUAAAGAUGAGAAGAAAAAGGAGACAGAAACAUUUGAUAUCAAAGUGAUCGAGGAUAAGAAAGAGGAAAAAGAGAUGGAAAAGACAGAUGAUUUUGCAACCAAGCCCUUUACAGAUGAGCAGAGGGAAAAGGAGAAAGAAACUGGUGACAUCACUGUUGCUAAACUCACCAAAGAAGAAGAAAUUAUUAGCAAGGGUGAUAGGUCUGCUGUUACCAUGAAAGAAGAAAAGCAGCAAGAGAUUUGUGCAGAUAUUAUCUCACCCAUCAGCCUCACCACGGUGGAGGAAAAGGAUGCAACAGUGAGUAAAGAUGAAAGUCCUGCUGCCAAGCAAACCACAGAGAAAGAGAAAGAGACAAGUACAGAUGAUAGUUCUGACACCAAACUUUCCAAGGAGCAGGACAAAGAUAUGACAACAAGCAAAGAUGAUGCUCACAUCUUCAUACCUACUAUAGAAGAUGAUACUGCUGCUAUAAAACUUACCAAGACGGAGGAAAAAGAUAAACUGCCAAGUGGGGAAGAUACUUCUGCUGUUAAACCAACACUUGGAGAAGACAAAGAAGAAGAGGAAAGUAAAGAUGAUACUGCUGCCAUAACAUGUACCAAGGUGGAGGAAGAGCAUGUUAAAGUACGUAAAGAUGACGAUUUCUAUGCCGCAUCAACCAAGGUAGAAGCAAAAGAAACAUUUAAGGAAGCCGUCAAACCAGUCACGGAGGACGAAAAGGGACAAGAAACAAAUAAAGACCAAGAUAUCACUUCUCCUGUCCAACCCGCCAAGAUGGAGGAAGAGGAUGUUAUGAUGAGCGAAGAUAUUUCUGCUGUCCAAACAUCCAAGGAUGAAUUUGUUGCUAAACCCACCACGCAAGUUCCACCACUUCCAAGUGGGGAAGAUACUUCUACUGUUAAACCAACACUUGGAGAAGAAAAAGAAGAAGAGGAAAGUAAAGAUGAUACUGCUUCAACCAAGGUAGAAGCAAAAGAAACAUUUAAGGAAGCCGUCACAGAGGACGAAAAGGGGCAAGAAACAAAUAAAGAUAAAGAUGUCACUUCUCCUGUCCAACCCACCAAAAUGGAAGAAGAGGAUGUUAUGAUGAGCGAAGAUAUUUCUGCUGUCCAAACAUCCAAGGACGAAUUUGUUGCUAAACCCACCACGCAAGACGAAAACGCGAAAGAAAUCCGUGAAGAUAUUUGUGCUGUCAAAUCAACGAUAGAAGAAGAAACAGAAAAAGCAGUAGAUAAGGAGGAAACUUUCACUGAAGAAGUGUCAAUUCAAGAUCAUAGUGUUGCUAUCAAACCUAUCAAGGAAGAAAAAGAUACAGUAAUACUUAAGGAUGAGAUUUCUGGUAUCAAACCUACCGAAGAGGAAAGCAAAGACGCUGCUGGUGUAAAAACCCCUGCAGAUGAGGAAACGAAGGUAGAGUCGAAAGAUGUUACAUCUGAUGUAAAAUUCAAAGAGGAGGCAAAAGAAAUCCCAAAAUAUGACUUUUGUGAUAAAGAAAUGAAAGUAAAAGAGGAAGAAAUGGAAAAAGAGAAAGAAAAGAGUUCUGAUGUUGUAUCCAGUAAAGAGCAGAUGGAUGAUACUACCGUCAAAACCAUGACGGAUGACAAAGAGGUGGAAAUAGGUGACAUUUCUGAGGAGAAGUCUGAUAUCUCUGAUCACAAACCAAUUCUGGAGGAAAUUAAGAGUAAAGAAACUGAAAAAGAUAUAACAAUAAAGGAGAAAGAAAGAGACUCCAGUGUUGAGCAGCCCAAGAAAGAGGAAGAGUCACCUAAAGUUGAAACCAUCAAGGUCGAAGUUAAACAGGGCAGUCGUGAAGCUGAAUCCAUUCAACAGGAGACAGAGAAGGAGAUGUACACUCCAACAUUCAGUGCCAAAGAUGAGAAAAAAGGGAAAGAUGAUGAUCCUUUUGAGUCUGAAUCUAAGAAGGAUGAUAUAAAAGAGGUAGAUCUUCCCGUGUCUCAGAUCUUGGAAGAGGAGAAAACUAAAAAGGAAGAUAUUUGUGGCGUAAGUGACAAGCAUAUGCAGGAAGAAACCUCUGAUAAGCUUACUGAAACUCAGAAAGAGAAGGAAACGUUUGGCGCUACAUCAAUAGAAAUGCAGCAAGAUACUUCUGUAACCAUAUCAAGUGAAGACCUAAAACCACUGAAAGAUGACAUUUGUGUGUCACCCAGCCACAUCCAGGAGGAGAAAAAAGAGCAAGACAAAGAUGCAACGGUUAUUAGUCAAGACGAAAAGAUGGAUAAAGAAAAAGACGACACACAUGUUGCUGAACUGAGCAAAGAACAGAAAAUGGAAAAGGAACAAGAAAAAGAAUACACCUAUGAGACUGAUGACACAAAAGAUGAAAAGACAAGACCAGAAGAGGAUGAAAAGAUGAUUCAGAAAAAGGAUGUUGCUGACAAGAAGACCGAUGAGAUAACUGAGAAAGAGUCCUCCGAUGCAGACCAAACCAAGGAGGAGAAAUGGGAGCGAGAGGAGUUGCAAGAGAAAGACCUGGACAAAGCAAUUAAACAACCUGCACAGACAGUAUUAGGAGAUGCAGCAAUGGCAUCCAAGUCCGAUUACAAACCUGCAUUUGUGGUUCAGUCCUCCGAUGAAGACAGGGCAGAUGAAGAUGAGGAGGACAUUUGUAUGGGAGGAGCAGGCUCCAGACCUUUGUCAGUGAAGCCGAGCGAAUCAGAACAUGACAUCUCGCCUGCAGGUCUGCCCUCAUCCCAAAAACCACAGACAAGUGAUGAAACUAAACUCCCAAUAUCAGAGCAGACCACAGUGAUCAUACCGAUACUUACAAUGCAGGAGCCCUCUAUUGAUGAAGACAUCAAAGAGUUUAGCAAAGAAGAACCCAUGCUUUCACCUGAAAUGGGCAAAGAUGUUGUGAAAACAGAAACCACAGCUGCUCCACUUGCCAAGCCAGAGCCCUCCUUUGAAAUUGUCACAUCAAAGGAGGAGACAACCUCUAUUCCCAAACAAGAAAUGGCUUCUGAUGUCCCAACAGCUAAAGCAGAACCAAUGUCUGACUCAACUGAGAAAAAGCCUGUGUUGUCAACAGUAUCAAGCACUGACAGUCAACCCAGGAGCUCUACGCUCUCGAGCACUGAGAGCCAGUCCAGUGUUGAGGAAACACCACAACAAGAGAAACAAAUACCGUCCCAGACAUGCUCAGGAGUCAGUGCUACAGAAAAGACAAAGCUGGAUGAGAAACCAGAAAAAGAAGCAGAGAGGGAGAUGGAAGGAGAGCGAGAGGUGGCUUCUCCAGGAUUAUCACAGCCUUGUUCGUAUUUUAUGUUGGAUUCCGAGGAUGUCAGCCACGUUGAAGUUGUAAAAUCAGACACUGCAAAAAUUACCUCGGAGAAGGAAAGCCUCAUAGAUGAAGAACAAACCUUUUGUGCGUCCAAGUACGACCCGUAUGAAAAGCCUAUUCCAAAGGAUCAUGACUUGGACUCUAGAGAAGAAAGUGAGGUUUCUUUAGGUUUUGAACAUGCCUCUGAUAUAGGUAUUGAUGAUAACAGAAGAACAAGCCAGUCAGAGGCUGUAGGAGCCAUGUUCCUCCUGGAUGAUCAGUACAAAGAAGAGCCUCUGUCCUUUAGUAGAGUUGACUACAGCCCGGUUUCCCUCACAGAGAGUGAAAGAAGCAGCCACCACAGUCAAAGUGCCUCACCUAAAUAUGAAGACAGAGAGAAAGGCCAAGAGGAAGAGAGUGAGAGAGAAGAAAGACCAGAUACACCUUAUGUUGACAAGAGCUGUUCAUCCGUAGACAUUCAAGAUAACAAAAUGUCCCAGGCUGCUGAGUCUUAUUCUUUCAGUCCCAAAGAGGAUAAACCUGAGAAAUCAGAGAAAGAGAAAGAGGAUAUGAAGAAAGAUGCCGCAGCAGCAGCUUUUCAAACAGGGGCUACAGGAGAAAGUGACACAGUUUCUGCCAGUGCUGUUCAAUCAGCAGGCGUAUCAUUAAGACAAGAAACACCCUCUCCGUCAUGUAGCCAAUCGGAUCUUGCUACACACGUUUCAGCUGCUCCCGUAGCUUUUGGAGAAUUCACAGAAAAGAGAACAACAGAAAAAGAGAAAGAAAAAUCUGCUGAGUCACUCGAAGACAAAAUGGAGUCCUCUGCUCAUGAAAGAGAAGGAUCUCCAUCUGGUCGGCAUUCACCUGCAGAAAAAGACAUUUUACCUCAACAAGCAUCACCUUUAGAGAAAGUAGAAACUUCAAAUGAUUCAAGGACUGCAUCUGCUGCCACAUUUUCAGGACAUGAAAUAGACGAUAAUGUUUUGGCAUCUGACAAUAGUCAAAUUAGCAGCUCUGCCUCUUGUAAAUCAAUGUUAGACUUUCCUGAUGGAAAAGAGAGCCUAAUAGAUAAAAGGUUACUUGUAGAAGGGGAAGAUUUCAAUGUUGAUGAUGAUGAUGAAGACGAAGAUGAGGAGGACGAGGGAGAAGAGGAGGAACUAAGUGAUGUAGAUGUGGAAAAGGGUGCCAGAGAACAGUCUGAAAAAGAAAUGUGCAGACGUAGCUCUGGUGAUAGUGCUACGUUAGCACAGGUAGAGGACUCAAAUAAAAAGUCUCAGCUGCCUGAAUCAAGCUUCCUCAAAAAGGAAACUGUCUGUAAACCUACACCUGAUGAUGCCUCAACUUCAGACAAGCAGGACGUGAGUCAAAAACCACCAUCUCCUAAAACAAAACCAGUCAAAGAAGAUGAUACAGCCACAUCCAAACUUCCAGAGACAAGGAGUGAAGAUGUAGGUAAAAUAACAGACCCAAGUGCUCACAGAAUGGAUGAAAGCGCUUUCACUAUAUCAGAUGCUCCAAAACUUCCUGAAACAAAGAAAGCAGAGGACACAGAUGAAAAACAUUUGUCUCCUGAACCAACCACAAAGAGAAGGUUGUCAUCAGCAGAGGAUUUCACCUCGUAUGAAGUACCACAGUCAAAAAAAGGAGAUGAUGACAAAGUGUCUCCAUCGCCACGCUUUUUGGAAAAGGAAACUUCUCAACCAACAUCCACAAGCAGCUUGUCAGGCAGCUUUUUGCCAACUGACUAUUCAGAGUCCAUGUCCAAGACUACAUCUAGUCCUUCCCCUCCUCUAAGAAGUAGCUAUGCCGACAUUGGACAGAAUAGAUCUGGAGGUUAUUCUGAGCAUUAUUACAGUGAGGAGAGUCAAGUAGAAUUGAAGGAAGAUAAAAAAGAAACCUUGGUGCUCUCAGAUGCCUCCCAGUUAUCCAAGCUAAGCGAUGAUAAAUAUUACAGCCAAAGUGACUUUCAAGAAGAAAGUCUAGAUGAGCGGCAGACCCUAGAUAUCACCACAAAACAUGAGGAAACUGCCUCAUCACCGUGCACAUACACCACCUUAACAUACUCUACUUCAACAUACUCCUCCACAUCGUACAGUUACUCGUCCUUACCCUCAACUUCUGCCCCUUUGAGCCAACAGUUUGAAGACAAAGUUAAAACUUUCACAACGAUAUCAAGCUCUGCAGUACCUCUAGCCAAAGAAGAGCCUUCGUUCACGACAGAGCCUAAAAGCUCCUGCUUUGGCGGGUUUCAGAGAGAUGAGUACAUGGAGGUGACGACGAAACCUGCAACAAAAGUGUCUUUACCCAGCCAGUUUGAUGAGACCAAACCAUCAACUCCAGUCUUGUCUACCACUGCCAAACAGACUGAGGUUCAAAGCGGUUCUGCAAAGCCUGAAACAAAAUCAAGCACUGAUAGUUUUUAUAUGCUAGAAACUAAGAUUACAACAACCUCUGCAGCACCAUCUUUACAAAGUAUCGAAGCAGUAAGGGUGUCAGACAGCUUAUCCACAUCAGAGGCUCACUUUGAUGUUUCUCCCCUCCAAAGGGCUGACUCCUCUGACAAGGUUUCCCAGGAGUCAUCAGAAGAUGAGGAGCCUGUUACACUUGAAAUGGAGGACAGCACCCUACCAUGUCAUAUUGAAUGUCAAAAAAUCAAAGCGGCUGAGCAAAAGGAAAGUUCAUCAUCGAUAGCUGCGUCAUAUGUGGUAGAAAGUACCACACAGUCCACAGAGACGAAGACCAUCACAAUCACCUCUACUACUGGUGUGUCUAAACCUGUCAUGGUGAUGGAAACAACUCAACAGGCAGCCUCACUUACUUCCCUGAGUGAUAGUGGAGCUAGCAAAACCACAUGUGCCACAACAGACGUGUCCAAAACAGAGGAGGAGAAAGACAAAAAAGGGAAAACACCAGAGGUAAAAGAGGAAAAGACGAACGGAGCUAUUGCACCAUUGAAGGAAGAUGCAAAGGUGUCAAGUAAAGAUGACAAGACAGAGACUGCUAGUCAAGUCAAGCAGAAAAUAGAGGAAAAGAAACUUGAGGAAAAGGAGUGUAAAGACAGCACAGACGAAAAGAAGGCAACAGCUGAUCCAAAGAUAUGUGAAAAAGCAGACGAUGAUAGAAAAGGAGAGGCAGAAAGGGUAGAGGAGAAAAACUUGUUGGAGAAGCCACCAGAGAGAUUAGAGGUUAGGAGAAGGAGCAGUAUAUCCGAUUGGGAGCUUCUACAGAGGCCUGAAGACUGCCCAAGUGCCCCUCCUCCAGGUUAUGGCGAUGGUGAUGAGGAAGAGGAUGAGGAAGCAAUGGAAGCGAUGGAAUGGAUGACCAGUGUCCACAGUACCUCUAUGACCUCCUCAAUAGAUACCUAUCACACAGAAACAUCUAGCAAAGAAGCAGUAAGGGCUGAUCGUCCCUCUGACUUGAACACCGGAGCCACCUCCUCCUCUGCCUCCCCUCCAGGCUACUCCUCCUGCGAAUACAAACAUCGCAAAGGAGAGCUUUCUCCAUCGUUCAUCAACCCGAGCCCUCAUCCACUCUCCAGUGACGAGGGCGAGGGCAAAGAGGAGAACCCCAGUGACCACUCCCAGGAAGGGGACGAGGACGAUCAGGAGCAACACUCUGUGAAAAGGAGGUCGCACAAGCAGAGGCACCACCACACUCCGAGUUACCAUGGAGACCCUGAACACGGGCCACAACAGCUGCCCGGCGCCAUGUCAUCUGGUUUGGCUGUGACGUUAGCUGGAGAGGAAACACCUCCGACAUCAGUGAGCGAGUCGCUGCCUUCGCAGUCCGAUUCUGACGUCCCUCCAGAAACCGAAGAGUGUCCAUCCAUAACAGCUGAAGGAAAUCUGGACUCGGAUGAAGACGCUGAACAUCUGCCGGUGGACAAAUUAUCUGGAGCUGGGGGUGGUCACCAUCCUCCAUCACCAAGAUCCGCUCAGAAGACUCAUGACCCCCCACCCACCCCGAUGAAGGACCCUCAUCCCCACCCUCCCCAUCCAGAUGUGUGCAUGGUAGAUCCAGAGGCUCUUCUUAAUGACCACAGCAGCACAGAGAAACUUCUUAAAAAGGAGCACAAGACCACUAAGGGCCUCCGAAAGGGCAAACCCAAGUCGGCCUCUCCCGCACGUAAGGGGGAAGUCAGGAAGAGGUCCUCUACUCCAGUGAAGCAGACCUCCAAGGACUCCGCCUCACCUCGAUCAGCCUCCCUUAGGAGGAAGGACACAGACAGAAGCUCCAGACUGAUCAAAAUGUCUGAGACCCAAGGCUCCAGGAGUGAGAUCCUCAACCCGGGGAAAGGCUUGGUCAAUGGUGUCAAGAGCAGUUCAGGUAACAACUCUCAGAAAACUAGCUCGGCCGUCCCCCCUGGACCACCCGUCUACGUCGACCUGGCCUAUGUGCCCAACCACUGCAGUGCCAAGAACGUGGACCAGGAAUUCUUCAAGAGAGUGCGAGCUGCAUACUACGUGGUGAGCGGGAACGAUCCAGGCAGUGGAGAGCCCAGCCGUGGAGCCCUGGACGCCCUGCUGGAGGGCAAAGCUCAGUGGGGCUCCAAUUUACAGGUGACUCUGAUCCCGACCCAUGACACAGAGGUGACCCGGGACUGGUACCAGCAGACCCACGAGAGGCAGCAGGACCUGAACAUCAUGGUUCUGGCCUCCAGCAGCACCGUAGUCAUGCAGGACGAGUCCUUCCCUGCCUGCAAGAUCGAGUUCUGAGCUUGACGAGGCUAACUUUGCUUCCCCCCCACCCCACCCCCCACCGUCAUCUGUUCUCAAUGGAGGUAGAGCGAGAGUGAACAGCACUCUCUGCUUCUUGAAAGCUUCUCGCUCUCAUGGUACCAGUCUCAAACGCAUUUGCUGCAACCCUCAAUACACUAGAUUCUUUUAGCUGAAAUCAAGUCAAGUCAAAACUCUGGGUUUAUGCUCUCUGUGACAGUGGGGUAACAUAACUCGUAUACAAGUACUUACAAUUGUGGUAAAAAUUUCAAAAACAUAUUUAAUAGCAUAAUCACGCUUUCUUUGCCUCAUAAAUCUAACUAGACAAAUGGACAUCAUUAUCCCACAAAUGUAUAAUGCUACAGUUAAACUAUAGAUUAGUAAGGUGUAGUUCGUAAACUGUUCGGCACAAAUCACAAUUAACUCGGAAAUGUAAUACUCCCAAGUGGUAAAUUUCUCAUCCAAAAGGCCAAAACAAGUGCCAAACACUGUUAGAACAGAAGUUAUUAGUUAACUUCUCCAAAAUGUCUCCUAAAUUCAUCAGUGAUCAAUAAUUUGUUGAGAUGGUAUGCAGUGUUUUUAGAAGAGUAGACAUUUAUCGGUUUAUUUGCCAUCGGUGCCCAUCCUUUGCGAUUCUGAUCACGCUACAGUAGCUUUUGGAUUAACUCAAUAAUGACAUAAAUUGAUGUUAUGUAAAACACAAAAAAAUGUACAAAAAAUACGUUCCUUCUCGUCAUUUGUGGUGAAGUUUUAGGAGGUGCCUGAAGUUGCCACCGUGUGAAAUCUUUCUUCUUGGCUUUCACAGCUUAGCUGGUGCAUGAUGCUUGCGUUUUAGCUCGGACUCCUUGAGAACUGCAUAGGGUUAAUCCUUUCUUUAGCCAGCCUUCAAGUGUGGAAUGCAGUAUAGUGUAGCUAGGUUACUACACUAUUUGGCUGUCUAUGCUCAAGUGAAUCCAAUAGGCGCCAAGCAAAUGGACGGUGUUUAUACCCUAAUCCUAUCUCUGCUGGAUGUAAUGGUUCCUCUUUAAGUCUUUAUCACGCUCUUUGUUGGUUGUAUGUACUCCAGUAUACAUAUAGGGUAAAUGUUUCUAUAUCAAUACAGAGGUUAUGUUCAAUAAAUUAUAUAUUUUGUGAUGAUGCAGCAACUCAUGAGGCGAAUGCAGCAUUUUUGAUCAUGCAUUCGAGAAGGUUUAAUCAACAUUAUCUGUCAUUUUCUCCUGUUCAGCUACAUUUUACCGUCUCUGUCAAUAUCACAAAGCGAUCGAAAAAAAACAAAAAACAAGUAGUGACCUGUGACAAAUGUAGCAAUGGAAGCUGGUCCGCUAGUCCCUUCAGAGAGUGUUACGCCAGUGGGAACUGCAAUAUUAAUAUUUAUUAUUAGGGUUAUUUUUCAGGACAAAAAGUGUGAGGUGUGUAACAGGAGGUUUCAUUCAUGUGCCUUUAGCUUGUGGUUUUGGAGAGAGGGGGGUUUAUUAAGGACAUGUCAGCCAUUUUUAAGCAGAGCCAGAAACCAGGGUACAGUAAAACAGAGAAACCAGGUACUCGACUUUGAAAAAGAGGACCAAUCAGUUCAUACAGUACACAAACAAACCUUAUCCACACCGAAAUAGUACACUAGAUACUACUUUAGAGCUAUGUAAUAUAUAAUAUAAUAUAUGCAAUUCAGCAUUAACCCCACAUGCUGAAAUGCCACUUUCAAACAAAUAUGAAUGUCUUUGAGCAAAGUAUUGCACCAAAUAGGAGUGCACUUUUCUGAGAGUUUAGAAGUUGGAUUUUUGUUUGCGGUUGAAGCACAGAGAGUGAGUGUGGUAGCAUCGUAUUAUAAAAUAAUGUGCAAGACGUUCCUCCAAACUGAGCUUGCUGUUAAGCAAGGGACAUCUUAAUUAUGAAGCAACUACCUAAUAUGAAACCCAGAGUAAUAUUUAUAGAAUGCGCAUGAAUGAUUAUGAUUGUACUGAUGUAAAGUAGGAAUGUCUUGUGUGUGUGAGCAUACGAUACACGACUGAGUUGCUGUUUUAUAACACAGCACGGUUCGUUUCUGACGGUGACGUGGCGAGGGACUUUUCUGUGGGUUCAGUAUGAAAGGUCUUUCUGCUUGAUCACAGCGAGAGUGGAGAGUCACUCAUAGGCUCACAUUAAAUUUACAUGAGGCCAAGUUUUAUUUCUUCAUUUCUUAAUUCUGGUUUAAUUUUCUCCAAAUUUGUGCUGAGAAGCGAACGCAGUUGUGAUUAUUAUUUCUUUUUUCUCCUAAUAAGAAUUACAUUUCUGCCAAGAUGGCUCACCGCAUGAUUGUUAUUUUUGUUUUGUUUUGUAAGGACUGAUAUGAAACUAGGGGACGAGUCAGGCUGGGCGAUGGAGGAGGGGGGGCCUGGAUUUCUAUUGAUGACAGAUUGAUUGUUAGGAUGUUGCAGACUAAAAGCAGGGAGGAUGCUCUGCUUGCACAGUUUAAAUUUACUCCAUUCUUUCUCUCAAUCUGAUUCAGAACAUGCCGCAAACGCCACAGAAAGCUAGAGCGCAUUGUCAGCGGGUGCUAGCCUGGCACCAGUGCCAUUUUCUUUCCCUGUAAAACUCACACUACCUUAUACCUCAUCUUCCAAAGCCGCCUCCGUGCUCUUUGCUCCGCCUGGCCUCCCUUAAAAUUAUACAUGUCCAUUAUGCACUGUGUAAGCCUUGAUAUGCAUCUCAUGUGUGUGAUGAUUCAGAGGCAGACAGCUUUUUUUUCAUCCCACUGGGGAGAAUCUGAGUUUGAUGCAGGUUGUGUAUUAAACAGCUGGGCACGCACAAAUAUACACCCUAGUCUUGAAGAAGUUGAUGAACUGAAGGGCACAUUAAGACGUGCACACUGAGGGGACAGAGAAGGUUCAAAUUGACUCCCUUGAAAACAAGCAAAAGGUCCUUUUUAGCCCCUCUUCGAUGCUGUCUGGAAAUGUGUCCAAAUAGCCAGGAAGAAGCUUUUUUAAGGUCGAUAUGUUGUACUGUCUUUGAAUAAUGUUUUUAAGUUGGCAGAUUCCAAAUACCCAGCUUUGAGAUUUUCAAAGCAUCAGUAGAACGCUGUGAAUCACUCAAUACUGAACUGUAUGACUAUACAGAAGCUGAAUGCACUAUAGAGGAGAUCUAUUUUUCUGAAUGUAGAGUUGGUACUACCAUGCGAAUGCUGCUGGAUCAAAACGAGAGAGUACAAUAAAUACAACAACAACAACAACAAAGCAAACAGUCACACCAGCCUGGACAGAAAUACAUUUUAGGGCGCACAGCAUGAGAGCAGAUAGCACGGUUCUGCUCCAGAAGAGAAGUUUGAUUUAUGACAUGACAGAAAGCAACCGAGAUCCCGUAACAAACAUAUGAACAGAAACACAUAAAUAGUACUAAUAGUACUUUUCCUUUUCCUGAAUAUGACUUGAAACACAUGCAGACUCAAAAACCAUCGAUGAAAUUAAACAAAUGCUACAUGCACAUUUAUGUACUGUGCACAGAUUUGUACAUAUCGCUCUAGAGAGAUAACUCUGAAAGAUAUAACAAACUAUCCUUCUUGUGACACCUGUUCAUUUUAGCUGGUUUUAGUGACAGUACGAUCAUAACUGCUAACUACUCUUUGAAACAAGAAAACUACACAAAACGCUGACAAGAUACAGAAAAGAUAAAGAAAAAAAUGGCAUCUUUUAGUUCAAUUUCAUCGCCAUACCUGCAUUGAAAUGAAGAUUUCAUUUGAUCAAAAUAUGGUGUCAUCUGUCCAUCUAAUCUCUCUGCAUGUGAUUUAUUUAGUUAUAAUCCUGAAUGUAAUUGUUUAACAUGGAAAUAAUAAUAAAAAAAUGCAAUGAUAUUUUAAAGAGGUAUAUUUGAAAAAAAAAAAAGAGCUAAUUGUCUUAACUGGUACUGAAAUGACCUACCGUAAUAUAAUAUACUGGGCUGUGCUUUUAUUGUUUGCCAUAUUAACAUGUUGUUAAGAAGACGCUGUAUUGGUAGUUCUGUUUGAUUCUCUCUCUUUUUUUUUUUGCAUUGUAUUAAUCUUAGUUACGUUUUUCUUCCUCAGCGCAAUAUUCAAUAUCUCUCUGUCUCUUUAAAUCUAACUGGUAAAAUUAGAACUACUGCAGAUUCAUUGUAAAAGGGAAACAGCCUGGUGAUCAUCAAUUAAAGUACAUUUAAAUCUAAA